AUGGGCAACAAAUGCUGCAGCAAGCGACAGGAUCAAGAACUAGCGCUUACGUAUCCCGGCGGCUACAAAAAGGGCGACAACAGCUUCAACUCGAACCUGUCCGGACCGAAGCACAACAAUGGCGGCUCGAUCGAUUCGCGCUACACUCCGGAUCCGAACCGGGGCCAGCUUAUAAAGCACCCCAAAGGCGGUGUAGACAUCAUCCGGCCACGAACGACGCCACUCCUGCCUGGUCAUAACACCCGAAGGAUAGUUGUCGCUUUGUACAAUUACAAUGCCCGCGAAGAAACCGAUGUCAGCUUUGUCAAGGGUGACCGCAUGGAGGUCCUGGACGAUACGGAGUCGGACUGGUGGCGCGUAGUACAUCUAAAGACUCGCCAGGAGGGGCUGAUCCCGUGGAACUUUGUUGCUGAAGAUCGUAGUGUUAACAGCGAAGAUUGGUUCUUUGAGAAUGUCUCGCGAAAGGAAGCCGACAAGCUCUUGCUCGCGAACGAGAAUCCGCGAGGCACCUUCCUGGUACGACCGUCCGAGCACAAUCCGAACGGGUUUUCACUCUCGGUUAAGGACUGGGAGGAAAGUCGCGGUUAUCACGUGAAGCAUUACAAGAUCAAACCGCUGGAUAAUGGAGGUUAUUACAUAGCAACGAAUCAGACGUUCCCAUCGCUGCCAGCGUUGGUGAUGGCGUACUCAAAGAACGCUCUCGGAUUGUGCCAUGUGCUGUCUAGCCCGUGUCCCAAGCCACAGCCGCAAGUGUGGGACCUUGGACCCGAACUGCGUGACAAGUGGGAAAUCAAUCGCAACGAAAUCCAGCUCAUUCGCAAACUCGGCCACGGUAACUUUGGCGAAGUGUACUACGGCAAGUGGCGAAACAACAUCGAGGUUGCGGUGAAGACGCUGCGCGAAGGAACUAUGUCUACGCAGGCAUUCUUGCAGGAGGCCGCAAUAAUGAAGAAGUUCCGUCACAGCCGGCUGGUGGCCCUAUACGCGGUGUGCUCGAAGGAGGAACCGAUCUACAUCGUGCAGGAGUACAUGUCGAAGGGUAGCCUGCUCGAUUUCCUACGUACUGGCGAUGGACAGUUCCUGCAGUUCGAGGAUCUGAUCUACAUCGCGGCCCAGGUGGCGUCCGGCAUGGAGUACCUUGAGCUGAAACAGCUGAUCCAUCGUGAUCUUGCCGCGCGGAACGUGCUUAUCGGCGAGAACAACGUGGCGAAGAUCUGUGAUUUCGGCCUAGCGCGCGUGAUAGCGGACGACGAGUACUGUCCAAAACAGGGCUCUCGGUUCCCGGUCAAGUGGACUGCACCGGAAGCGAUCGUGUACGGCAAGUUCUCGAUCAAAUCGGACGUCUGGUCUUAUGGUAUUCUGCUGAUGGAGUUGUUUACCUACGGUCAGGUGCCGUACCCGGGCAUGCACAGCCGUGAAGUGAUCGAACAGAUCGAGCGUGGCUACCGCAUGCCCAAACCUACCGCCCAUCACCUGCCGGACGACAUCUACAGCUUGAUGUUGAAGUGCUGGGAUGCGAUACCGGAUAAGCGACCGACUUUCGAGUUUCUGAAUCACUAUUUCCAGAACUUUACCAUCACCUCCGAAGUACCAUAUCGAGAGGUACAGGAUUAA